AGCUUAGCGAGGCAGAUAGUCGCAUUGCUAGCACCGAAACCUCUACGAGCCUCGGGUUCAAUAAUACCGGCAACAUGGGUCCUGUAACCGUAGGCAACAAUGCCGGCCUACAUUUAAAUGGACCUGGUGCCAGUGACGAAUCGAGCUCUGGAAAUAAUAGCCAGGGACAAGGUGGUCUAAGUGGUAGAUCCGCCUUAGUCCAGCAAUUUGAACUUCAGCAAAAUGGUAAGGAUGAAGAAUCGGCAAUAUUUGACAAACUCUCGCUACUUAGCCAAGGGUUGGACGACAAAAACAAAGUAUACCGGGAGGUGGAAAACCUAAAGAAAGUCAACUCCGCUUAUAUUGCAAAAUAUUACGAUUGGUGGAUCGGCGAAAAAACAUUUUAUAUCAUCAUGGAGUAUUGUCCCGAUACUUUGCGCAAAAUCAUUAAUUUAAGACCAGGGGUAUUUACGCGACAUUACGGGCAAACGAUGGGCGACUUGGAGUACUACAUGACGUGCGAGAUCUUCCGUCAGACGCUAGAGUGCGUGCAAUAUAUGCACGGAUUGAGUCCACCCGUAAUCCAUAGGGACCUGAAACCGGAAAACAUAUUGAUUUCGUAUGAUAGUGAGCAUGAUCGUUUUGUCAAACUGUGCGAUUUUGGAUUGGCCACCGUACAUAAUAAAACGAUAAAUAAUCAAGGUUCAAACGCGUAUACUAUGGACGUUGGCACGGUCAACUAUCAAGCGCCUGAAAUUGGUAAAGGUGGCAAAUACGAUCACAAAUCUGACGUAUUCAGUUUGGCCAUUAUUGGCGCGGAGUUAUUUGAGCUUGAGCGAGAGGAAUUAGAAAAUCCACCUAGACCAGGCAAUGGGCAAGACGAAAGUCAAACUCAAAACACCAUUAUGAAAAUUGGCGAUAAAGGUAAAAAGAGACCCGAAUGCUCGGAAGUGUUGGCAAAAUAUGAUGAUUGGUCAAUUAAUAAAAACAUCAUCGGAAAGGAUGUCAAAAUAAUUGGCUUAAUUAACAACCUUAAGGAUAAUGAUGAGCAUAGAUUUUUCUAUGAGUUCUUUAAACGAUGUAAUUUGAUGGAUAAAUAUCAACCGAAAAUUGUUCCUGAUGAGCCCGGUACAUCCGAUGAGGAG